AUCCGCUCCGCUGCGCCAGGCUUGAGUCUGCGCUGAGCGUGUGCAUCGUGCUGCUGCAGAUCGCUGUGUACCUGCACUGUCGGACGGCUGUGCCUGCAAAGGGCGAUGGAGGCGCGUUGUGCCGGCGCCGGGCGGGCAGCCUGUUGGACCGGCUAUGGCGCGCGAGGCCGGACCCUCGCCUUCCAGCCGGUCGAGCAUGCUCGUCCCCGGACACGGUCCGUGCGUCGUUGUUGGGCAGGACGGACCCUCGCCGCCGCCAUAAAAGCAGCCAUGCAGCCCCUGCCGGCUCUGCGCUGCCCAUCGCAUCGCCCGACACGCAGCACCAAGCGCACGUCUGGCACUGGCCUUGCCGCAGCAGCGCACGAACAGCAGCGCCCGGCGUCCGACGACGAACUCGACGCGCACAACGACGCCACAAGCCGGUGCUCUGCACACACAGCAUGCCCGCUGUGCUCGGCCUGAGCGCAGCCGACGCGGCCGCUGCCGCGGCGCUGGCGCUCGCCUCGCACUUCAUCUUUGCACGCAUCGAGCUGUGGCCGGCACGCCUCUUUCCCGCCUGGGCGGCGCUGUACUCGGGCAGCGUGCUGCUCGUGCGCCACACGCGCGCACCCCUCGCCCUCUCGGCGGCGCUGGGCCUCGUCGCCCGUGGCGCCGUGGUGUACGUGGCGACGCUGCUGCUGUCGAUCGGCGUGUACCGCGUCCUGUUCCACCGCUGCUGCGCCUUUCCGGGACCUACGUCGUGUGCUCUGUCCAAGUGGGCCACGGUGCCAGUCGAUGCCGCCGGGCAGCGCGCCCGCUACGUGCAGCGCCUGCACUCGCAGUACGGCGACAUUGUGCGGACCGGCCCGCGCGAGCUGUCCAUCAACGACCCGAGUGUCAUCGCGGCGACGUGUGGCGCACAGUCAAAGUGCUCCAAGGGCCCGUGGUACGCGGGCGCCACGGCGGGCAAGGGACGCCGCUCGCGCAGCCUGCACACGACCACCAUCAAGGCCGACCACGCCGCCCGCCGCCGCAUCUGGGACGGCGGCUUCAAUGCCCGCUCGCUGCGCUCGUACGAGCCGUCGCUCCUCGCCCUCUCGCGCCUGCUUGUUGAGCGCAUGGGCGAGAGCGCGGCGCGCGGCGAGAAGGUCGAGGUCGACGAGUGGGCGGCGUACUACGGCUUCGACGUCAUGGGCCAGGUGGGCUUCAGCUCGAGCUUCGAGUGCGUGGAGAACGGCAAGCUGUCGGAGGGCGUGCAGCUCCUGCAGGACGCCAUGGCGGCCAUCCAGACGCUCUCCAACGUUCCCUACCUCGGCGAGAUUGCGCGCUACCUGCCCAGCCCGAUCGUCAAGCUCGAGGACUGGGUCGCCGGGUCGCUGCGCAGGCGCAUGGACGAUCCCAGCGCCGGUCCCGAUGUGUUCAAGCAUCUGCUCGAGGUCGACCAGGAGUCCGGCUGGAAGCACAACUGGGAGGAGCUGCGGAGCGACGCAAUGCUGCAGGUGGUUGCCGGCAGCGACACCGCAUCGACGACGCUCGCAGUGUCCUUCUACUACCUCCUCACGCACGACAAGGCGAUGGAGGCGCUACGCAAGGAGCUGCACCACGUCUUCAAAGGGGCUGAGCCCGACAACUUCGACGCGCUUGCCAAGGAGUGCCGCUUCCUCAACGCGGUGAUCAACGAGAGCCUGCGGCUGUGGCCUCCGGUCGCCUCCGGCCUGCAGCGCGUCACGCCUGCCGAGGGCCUCACGCUCAGCGUCGCCGGCAAGCAGCUCGUCGUGCCCGGCGACGUGAUCGUCACGACGCCGACAUUCCUGAUGCAGCGUGACCCGAGGAACUUUGCGCCGCACCCCGAGGCGUUCAGGCCGGAGCGCUGGCUCGCGCCCGAGCACGAGGAGAACUUCAACCUCAAGGCGUUCAACCCGUUCAGCUACGGCCCCGAGUCAUGCAUCGGCAGGCACCUGGCCUUCAUGGAGAUCCGCAUCGCGGUCGCACAGGUCGUCCAUGCCUACGACAUGGAGCUCCUCCCAGAGUUCUCGGCCGAGGCGUUCGAGGCGGGCAUCGUCGACUUCUUCACGGCAGGACGGAAGAAGAAGCUGCCCAUCAAGCUGACGCCACGGCGCUAGCGACGGAGCGGCAGAAGCUGCGUCUGCGUCGGCUCUGUAGAAGAGCCUGUGCGCUGCGUGAAAAUGCACUUACCGUGUCCUCGAUCCUGCCUUCGUGAUGUUCCUGUUGUGGACCCAAUCCCCGUGACCUCCGCGGCGCUUUGUCC